CUUUGGUGCAGCCCCAAUGAAACGACGACGACAAUUCCAGCUCAACAAUAUCGCCAUUAGAUCUUCUUCGAGCGAUAUCGAAUGCGACAAUACGAUUGUUGACUGGUGAAUUCGGGGCCCUGAUCUGCUAUACCACCGGAAAGCCAUCCUGACCCUAACCUCAAGGUCCUCAAUCUCUCACUAUAACCUCAUUUCCAUCCGCGCGUUCCGAAUCUCACCUAUAUCGAAACCCAAUACACAGACAUGGCCACAUAGCCCCCGUCAAAAUUCAACCCCAACUCCAACUCAGUCAAUCGAAACUCCAGAUCUUUUCAUUAAAGAUGCCUGCGGAUUACAACUCAACCGCCCAGGCUCUCGCCCUGUCUCCAGACCGCGGCUCAUCUCCCUCGCCAAGCCGUCCUCCCUGGUCUGCCACCUCCUCGAGCCGCCGUUUAUCGAACCCGCUCAUGAAUCGUCGUCGCGCGAGUAGUAGCUAUGCUGGCGGUGGUAAGACGAGCUUCGUGCGCCGCAUCUGGGGCUCGGUCAAUCUGCUUGGUGAGCAGGUUCUGAAGGUGUAUCUGCGCCUGUCACCUCUUCAGCGGGUUCUUGCCCUUGUAUGCGUUGUCGCAGCGGGUGUGCUUGGCAUUUUGGCUAUCAUCUACUCGCAUGUCUUCUUCAAAUGGCUUGAGCCAAAGGCCGAGCAGUGGCGCGCUCUUCCAGGAGGUUGGACUCUGGCCUUUCUGCUGGUCUUCAUCACUUCGUUCCCUCCUAUUGUUGGAUACUCGACCGCGAGCACAAUCGCGGGUUUCGUGUAUGGGUUUCCCUUAGGCUGGCCCAUUGUUGCAUCCGGAUGUACGGCUGGCGCCCUUUGUGCGUUCCUCGCGAGCAGGACUGUUUUAAGCGGCUAUGUUGAUCGCAUGGUUGGUCGGGAUCAUCGCUUUGUCGCUCUGGGUCAAGUGUUGCGCCAGGAGGGAAUUUGGUAUCUUACGGCUAUCCGAUUCUGUCCACUUCCAUUCAGCCUGAGCAAUGGUUUCCUCGCCACUAUUCCUAGCAUUACACCUCUGGCGUUUACCAUUUCCACGGCAUUGUCAAGCCCCAAACUGCUCGUCCACGUUUUCAUCGGCAGUCGUCUUGCUCUGCUAGCUGAGAAGGGCGAUAAGAUGUCUGCCGGUAGCAAAGCCAUCAAUUAUUUAAGCAUGAUUUUGGGUGCUGCCGUCGGUCUUAUUGUUGGCCUUAUCAUUUACCGUCGUACUAUGGCUCGCGCCGAAGAGCUCGCGCGUCAAGAAGGCCUUGAACCUACAGGUCUAUCAGCUGAGGAGGGCGAGGCUGGCUAUGUAGACUCUGAAAACUCGAUGCUCAUGGAUCCUGAAGAUGCAGCCGUGCUAAUGUCGGACGAUGAUAUUUCACUGUGGGGAAGAGAUGGUACAGAGGGCAGAUAUCACGAUGAUGAUGAAGAGGAUGAGGGAGACACCAAUAAGAGGGGGAACCAAAGGGUAUGAAGUCACAUUCUAACGGGAAGCUCGACUCAAGUUGGGAAUAGUAAUGACAAGAUCAUUCGAUACUAAGGUGCGGAUAUUGGGACACGGCUCGGUUAUAUUGAUUAUACAUUUUUGAAUGGACUAGAAGGCGUUUUGGACAUCUUAGUAAUGGAGGAUUCCUGGCCGCCAGUAUUCGGGAGUCAUUGGGAUAAUAGAGGGCGAUCAUGCGUUUGAGUCAACUGCUUUUUCAAAACCAUCAGAGCCAAUGUUGGAUAUCGCUACGCUACAAUCAAAGCAUGCAAUCAAUUGGAACUUGCGGCUGCUGCGUCCGCUCGAUCAGUAUGGGUUGAAAUAAAAUUUACAAAGACUUCCGUAAUAGCAUCGCUUGCAUCCCAUAAAAUCAAAUUCGCCAACGCCGUCGCUUAUGCAUUCUCGUCCCAAUGCGAAAACUGAAAAGUGAAAACACCACCAUUAUGAGAAUUACUGGUUCCCUGUAUAUUGGUUCAUAAAUUGUAUAGCCUGGUCCAUUGGAUACCCAAUGAAAACAGGCCCAGUGAAGAUCAUUUGAGGUCCGUUGUUUGUCCCUUUGGUCAUAUCAGGGUUGAUGAAGGCAGGUUGAGGAGGUGCCGUAUGUUGAUGUUGGUAUUGGUAUUGAUGUUGAUGUUGAUGUGGAGGGGGUGGAGGGGGCCCGCCCUCCUUGUGAGGUGAAGAUGAAACCGUGCGUUCUGGUACCUGAGGGGGGGUGUCAUGUUUGAAUGGUGAGGGCAUACCCAUGGCAGCCAAUUUUGUAUGAUCAAAUGGACAUUUGCCUGGCGUCUUCUUUAUUGAUUCUUGGGCACUGGCUGCAGCUUGAGCUGAAAUCGGCAUGCAGACAGGCGCUGGUGGUGGUGAGAGAGGUUGGUCGUCGCCUUGGCCCGAGAGGUCGUAGACUGGAAUAGAUAUUCCCCAAGGCCGACUAGGCGAUUCUCCAACACGUACUUCCUUGAGGGGCCGAUCGAAAUGACUCUGCCGGUCUCCAUCCUCCCGAGUCGGCACCUGUGUGUUAUCCGGGUCCGAGUUUACACUAACAGCCUGUGCCCAGUUCUCAACUCUUUCAUUAGAUGGCUGGGCCACAUCAUUUGGUCGAUUCGGAUCCUGUUCAGCCUCGGGUAGCAUGGGUUGGUGAAGCUGACCCAGCCCUUCAAUCAUGCUCACUAUAUCGCCAUACUUGGAAUCUAUCUUCUUGAUUUGAUCUUCGUCACGUUGGUACCGGCGGAGGCAAACUUCAUGGCUUCGGGGGAGUUCAUGUUUGUGUGUCUCAACAUAGUGGGCGAUCUCCUCAGCAGAGUGUUUGUCCAUGUAACGAAUGGGACACUUGACGGCUGAUGAGCCGUUUGUGUUUGUGCGGGCUUGCUGAGAAGUAGAUUCUUCGUACAUGGCUGCGCAGAUAGGGUCCGUCGAAUGAUGCGGAGUUGUGUCCUGUGCAUCUUCGUCGCGGACCCCAGAGCCGCUAGCCGUGGCAGGCUUGGAGAACGGGCAUUGAAGAUGGCCCUUCUUUCCUUGGACCGUGAAGUCUUGUUCUAGCGCUGUCGACAUGGAAGUGGCUACGUGGGAAGGUUGCGACUCGGUCUCUCUGCUGGAGCCAGUGCCAGUGGUUUUACUCGCUUCGCCCAGCGAGGCAAGCUGAUUAGCUACUCGGCGUCCGUCACGGAUGACGAGGGCAAGCUGGUGUUGGGAACCGGAGCUGUACGCGCGUGGAAGAGGGACAGGCAAUGAAUUAUCAACAGGUGUAUACGGAGGUAUCUGGAGCUUAGCCAGGGUAUCAGCUAUUUCUGGCGCGGCUGGAGCAUAUUUGUCAGCCAGAUACUGGAACUGUUUUUGGUUUCGAGUCAGCGACGAGUCCAUUGCAGACGAUGGAGGAAAAGAUGUUGAUAGGUCAGAUAUCAGAAAAAUAGGUUAUCAAUCUCGGCAACAGGGUCAUUCAUCCUGAUGCUCUUGAUCUAGAGCUAAUGAUAUUCAUCAUGCUGACUUGGU